AUGGAUAAUUUAUUUGACGAAUUAGAAGAUGGCGUUCCUGACGACUAUACCGAGGAGGUAGAGUUACCUCCAAAUGUAGAUAAGAGUACAAAUUUCGGGAAGAAUAGUUCUUUAAUUUCAAAUUUAAUAAAAUAUGGCAUAAACCCUGAGGUUGCAGGACGAUUUGCCGAUGUGAACGGAGAAAUAUUGACACAAAUUACACCAAACAAAUACACAUUGUACUUGGAAGAUGAUUUUAUGGUGGAUUCCAGAAUUUGGUACUAUUUGAUUUCAAAAUUAUCCGAUGUUACAAGCCCGGAAAGUGGAAAGAUUAAUAUAUCCUCGAUUUUAGAGGGUUUACAAAGUUUCAUUAUAUUUGAGGAACAAAACAAGUUUAUUUCUGAUGUUGAAAAGCGUUUUGGUCCUGAUUUCCAUGUUUUACACAAAGAUGGAAUACACAUAUACCACGCAAUCAACGACAUACCCAAAAUAGUAUUCUCAAUAAACAAGCGGAAAUUCAUAAAGCAAUUUGUGCAAGAUUCUGAUGAUACUUACACAAUUGAGGACGUCUGCAACAUACGUUAUGAACUUUUGUUCGAGAGAUCACGCGGGUUUAACUAUAAUGCAUGGUUUAAUAAUGCUCCAAACAUUUCCAUAAAGUUAUUGCCCGUGGAUUCAGUAUCUAUGAGCUCCAAAGACACUCAACUAUUGAUUGGAAACCUCGGACAUACCAAGGACGGCGAACUGUGUCUACAAGGAACAUUAAUUGAAUUAUCUAUUGUGAUAUCGGAAAAUUGUAAAAUCGCAAAUGGAAUAUACUGUGAUGGCCAAGUUGUUAUAAUAUACGGUACAAUGAAGGUGUAUGAAAAUAUAUUUCAUGUUGAUGGUAUAUUACACCCACCAAUUACUCUAAAGAAUGAACUUUCCUCAUUGGACUUUUUUGGAGGAAAAUUGGACAACAAUACACUGGCAAUAUAUCGUGAUUAUACUAGUUUCUCAUCUUUUAGGGGUAUAAAUACAAAUUGGAUCAUAAUUUCAAAUUUAUAUCUUGACAAAACAAAUACGAUUGAAACUUUGGAACAUUUAUUUGAUUCAUAUAUUGAAAUGUACCCUCAACAAGGACUCCCAGUUGGAUUUAUAUUCAUGGGUGAUUUUAACUCACUUGGAUUCAAUUUCGAAUAUCACCAUAGUUGGAUCGAUCAAAAUGAUAAAAACACUAAGCACGUUUCUAAUACAACUGAAUUUUAUGCUAGAGGUUUCGAAACCCUUUACAAACUUUUAAUUAAACCUAAAUAUCUCAUGAUACUUUCUGCUUGUUAUUUGGUUUUUGUACCCGGACCGAAUGACGCAACAUUGUGUAGACGUAAACUACCUCGUCAACCACUACUCAACUACUGUAUAAAUAGAUUUAAAGAACGUGUUGAAGCUGCACGCCCUGAAUCAAAAGGCCGAAUUGUAAUGGCAACAAACCCAUGCCGUAUUAGACAUUGGGGGCGGCAAAUGAUAUUUUAUCGACAAGAACUAUUGACUCAAUUGCUAUGGGAAGCUAUAAUCACCAGUUCAAAUACAUUGUCUAUGGAUACUAGCGAAAACUUGAUUGAUAUGCUUACUGGAACAAUUGUUGGUCAAAGCCAUUUGUUUCCAAACAAACCCGGAACUUCUACUAUUUUACAGCAUGAUUCUUCACUUUUGUUACACCCUCUCCCAGAUUUUAUUUGUUUGUCUGACACAACUGCACCUGCAUUUAUUCGCAUACAUGGUCAUAACAACAACUGUCUAAUUGCAAAUUGUGAUGCAAAUUUCAGUCAAUCUAGAAAUAUUGUUUCAUAUGAUUCUACAUCUAACAAGGCACAAGUUUUUUCUAUUUAA